UUGAAAUAAAUAAUAAUGACUACACUUAGCAAACAAUUUUUUGAAUCUGCUUUCUGUAAUUAUGAGUGUCGUGAAUUAUUACAUCCAUGGGAAAAAAGUUGUACUAAAGCACAAGCUCAAUUCGUGAAAUCUUGUUUUGCGGGUGCUGUUAAAUAUUAUGGAUUGUUUUAUUUGGUAUCGGCACUGCUAAAAUAUAAAGAAUGGGACGAAAAAUAUUUAAUAAAUCAUUUAAUUUGUUAUUCCAAAUCACUAACGGCCGGUACACUGAUUGGAUCAACUUUUUUAACAGCGGCAUGCAUUUUGAGAUCGAUAUUAGGAAGAUUUUACUAUAACACAGGUACAUUCUUACCUGGUACUAUAGGCGGUUUAUUCGUGUUUAUAGCCUCGCCAUCAAAACGAGAUAUGAUAUCACAAGUAUUUUUACAAUUGAUCAUGGAGUCUUUCGUUAACAAAUUAGAAAUUAGUGGUACGGUAAGAUUGCGACAUGUUGGAAUUGGCACAUUAUUAUUUAUGAUAACUAACGCAUAUUUAUUAUAUUUAUUACGAUUAGAAACUAAUAAAGAUGGAAAGAAAAAGAGACUUCCAAUUUGGAUUUUUCGUCCGCCACGACCAUCUAGUAAAAAUACGACGAAUGGUAAUCCAUGUAAUCAUUGUGACACGGAAUUUUGUUACGAUUAUAUUUUAGAGGGAGUAAAAACAUAUUUUAAGUAUGGUUGUAUUGUUGAAUUAUGUAAAAUAAUAAUUAAAAAUUUUAGUACAAUUAAAAGUUCUCCGUUAGCUAUACCAUCACUUUUACUUAAAUUAAAUAUAAAAACUGGAUUAUUUGCUGCUGGAUAUGUUGGUAUUUAUAGGGCAAUAACAUGUUAUUUAUGCCAAAAACAUGGUAAAGAUGAUCCAAGGUAUGCUAUCGUAGGAGGUUUUGCAUCGGGAGUUGUUUAUCCGUUUUUUCCAUUGUUUAACUUACUUUUAACAGCUAUAUCAUCCUGUAUCUUUAUUCACCUUUGGAAAGUCGAAGACAAAUAUAGAGUACCGAUAGGUAAUUUGUUGUUUGCCAUAUGUUUAGGUUAUUCAUUUAAUGUACGAAUCUUUACACCGAAUGCAUGUCCAAGCUCACUUGCCAGAAUUAUUUCCAGUAUAACAAAUGGAAGGGCGGACGACAUCGUUAACCAUAUACAGCGUGAAACUACAAUGAAAGUGGCGGAAAAUAUUUCAAAUCAAUUAUUAAGUCAGAAACUUUAAUCAGAAUUUUUUCAAUUCUAUAGUUUUCUAUCCAAUUUUAUUUAGACUUCCAAAAUUACUCGAUUGUACGUAGAAGGGGGUUACAAAAUCUGCGUCAGUUCUGCGUUGCUAAUAUAUUCCAGAAUUAGUAUUCCAUUCUUGAGACCUUACCGUUACCCAGACUUUUACAGACCGUUAUGACAUUAUUAUUAUUAUUAUUUUGGGCUUCACAAUAUCCAUCUUGAUACUUUAGUUAGUUAAAACUUCUCAAAUGCAAUGAAUUGACAUCAUUUUUAAAGGAAUAACGUUACCCAGGCUUGUACAGACCGUUAUGACAUGUUUAUCAACAUUUUUUUGGACUUCAAAAUAUCUAUCUGGAUAUUUUACUUUGGUUAAAACUUCAGAAAUGCAAUAAAUAGACAUAAUUUUUAAUGGAAUCUUUCAAUCCCUUUGCCACUGGCAACCCUCAAAAAAAUUGUAGCGGCUUAAAAAAUGAAAUCUUUCCUAUUUUCGUUCAGAGUCAAUCACAAAACUUCCAAUUAAAAUUUUUUAAUAGCGAGUAGAUAGGUUAAGAGUUGAAUUAAGGGCAGCUGUAGUUAAUUUAGCGGAAACGCUAGCCUAAAAAUAACUACGUCGUUUCUCGCUGUUUGAAAAUAAUACUUUUGGGGAAAACUAAGAUGACCGUUAGCAUUUAAAUUUCUAUGAUUCUUUUUACAAUGUUAUUGAGAAGAUUGCAUUCCCACUGCUAAGAAGCAAUCAAAACAAAAACCAAUUAUUCUUUCAUCCUAUGAGACACGUCCUUUAAGUUUGUCAAUGCUUAACGUGGCAUUAUAAUUGGACAUCUUAAUUUUACAUGAUUUGAAUGAAA